UCAGCCACUGAUGCUCGGGCAGAUGCAGACGCUGCCAGUUCUGCCAACUUGUGGAGGCGUCUUUGCUCAGUACCAGGAAUCCUUCCUGUGGAGGCGUAGAGAAGAAGGCUGAGGGACCUCCGCGCCAGAUUUCCUUCCCAGAGACAAAUACGAGUGAGUGCGUCCGUUCCUGUUUCUCACCAGUUCCUGGGCUCAUGGGUCUAACCUCAAAAGCCAGCUGGUUUGUAAAUAUUUGAAUCACAUUAUGGGAUUGCUAGACAAACUUUCAGGCUUGCUCGGCCUAAAGAAGAAAGAGGUUCAUGUUUUGUGCCUUGGGCUGGAUAAUAGUGGCAAAACAACGAUCAUUAACAAACUUAAGCCUUCAAAUGCUCAAUCUCAAGAUAUAGUUCCAACAAUAGGAUUCAGCAUAGAGAAAUUCAAAUCAUCCAGGUAUAUUAAACAUCGUCGAAUUCCAAUCUUAUUCUUUGCAAACAAAAUGGAUCUUAGAGAUGCAGUGACAUCUGUAAAAGUGUCUCAAUUGCUGUGUUUAGAGAACAUCAAAGAUAAACCAUGGCACAUUUGUGCUAGUGAUGCCAUAAAAGGAGAAGGAUUGCAAGAAGGUGUAGACUGGCUUCAAGGAUCAGCACUUUCAGGUUAUUCUCAUACUUUUGAGGAAUACAGUACUUAUGAUUGGGGAAUGGCAAUUCGGUUACAGUGUGAUGAACCUCAGGUUUUCUCAUUGAUCACAAAUUAUGAAUUAGUCUUUUUGUGGAAGUCAGGUGGUGGCAAGAGGCAGCGAAGAGAACGUAUUGACAGUUAUCUCCUCUAG